UCAAAACAGCUUUUAAGUCAUUUUAGACGUCUCUCAAAAUUUAUUUUAAAAAACUUUUACGAAAAGAGUUUAAAUGAAAACGACUUUUGAAAAAUAUAUUUUUCCCUCUAGUGUUAAUCUGAAUUGACUUUUAGUUUGGCUAUCAUCUACCACCUUAAUUGAUCUGCUCAGCAAAAAUUUAUUAAGACACAUGCUGCUAAGGUGAGGUAGAAGGAUUCAAUACUCCAACCUACGAUCGUUGUACUGAUCAGAAACACAAUUUAUUAAGACUGAAAAAAGGUAUAUAAUAUAAGGCUGAAGGAGAUGGGAUUUUGUUAUCAGUUUUAGGGCCUUUCUCAUUAGAAAAAACACAGCUGAUCCACCAUGAUUUGAGAAAACAGAUCAGUAUCCAUAAAUGGUAUAGCCUUGUAAAACACAUCAAAUUCAAAACUUGAGUUUGGUGGAUCAUUAAUUGUUGAGAAUUACUCCAUACUUUCUCAUGAAUAUAUGCCUCAACACUUUUUUCUUCUUUCCUUUUUAAAACACAUUCUAAUGAACACUUGUCGGAAUGCAUGUUCAUUCAAAAAGGCAAACCAAGCCUAAAAGAUUAUUAUUUAUGAUAUGAUCCCUCAAUGCAGAAAAAGCCUGUUGAGUUUUUAAAUUCCACAACACAAAGUUGGCCAACAACCUCCCAUAUUAACUUCUUUUCUUGCAUUUGUUGAUACCCCAAAAAUUUGCUUCAAGCACUAUAAAAAAUAGCUUUGGAAUACCCCAUAUUUCUCCUUUGUAGAAAAACCCAAUGGGAAUCACUACUCAAUUCAGCUUUGUGGUUUUAGCUUUCAUCUGUUUCUUUUCAUCUCUUUCUUAUUCUUUGCCUCUUUCGACAAAUGGGAGAUGGAUUGUCGAUUCGGCCACCGGGCAUCGAGUGAAGCUUGUGUGCGUGAAUUGGCCUUCUCACACGCAAAGCAUGUUAAUCGAAGGCCUUGAUCGCAGACCGCUGAAAGACCUAGCAAAUGAAGUAAUGCGAUUGAAGUUUAAUUGUGUGAGGCUCACGUAUGCAACUCAUAUGUUUACUCGAUAUGCUAAUAGAACAGUCGAGGAGAAUUUUGACCUUCUUGAUUUGAGAGCUUCUAAGGUGGGGUUGGCUUUGCAUAAUCCAUUUGUAUUGAACAUGACCAUUUUUGAAGCUUAUGAAGCUGUGGUUGAUGUGCUUGGGACUAGUGGCUUGAUGGUUAUAGCUGACAAUCAUAUUAGCCAACCAAGAUGGUGUUGCUCUCUUGAGGAUGGAAAUGGUUUCUUUGGAGAUCGAUAUUUCGACUCGGAAGAAUGGUUGGAAGGUCUUCGUUUGGUUGCCAGACGAUUCUACAACAAAUCAGCAGUGGUAGCCAUGAGCCUACGUAACGAACUCCGAGGAGCAAGCUCAAAAUCGAAAGAUUGGAACAAAUACGUAACACAAGGAGCAACAACAAUCCACAACAUAAACCCAAACAUCCUCGUAAUCAUUUCCGGUCUAAACUUCGACAAUGAUCUAAGAUGCCAAAGACAAUACCCAUUGCAACUAAACAACCUACACAACAAGCUAGUAUUUGAAGUACACUUAUACUCCUUUAGUGGAGAGUCCCAAUCGAAGUUCAUCCAUAACCCACUCAAUAAAAUUUGCUCAAAGAUCAUCAAUGGGUUUGUGCAGAGAGCUGAGUUUGUGAUGGAAGGAGCUGAGGCUGUUCCUUUGUUUGUGAGUGAAUUUGGGUUGGACCAAACGGGAGUUAAUGAGGCUGAUGACAGGUUUUUGAGUUGCUUUAGUGCUCAUCUUGUUGAGAAAGAUUUGGAUUGGGCGUUAUGGGGAUGGCAAGGGAGCUAUUAUUAUAGACAGGGUAAAGUCGAACUUGAAGAAGUGUUUGGAGUUUUGAAUUACAAUUGGAGUGAUGUUAGAAACCCUCGUUUUUCUCAGAUGUUUCAACUCUUGCAAACCAUGUUACAAGAUCCAAAUUCCAAUUCCUCAAACACUUACCUAAUGUAUCAUCCACAAAGUGGGCAAUGUGUCCAAGUGCAUGACAUGAAACAGAAGGAAAUUUUUCUCAACAAUUGUUCAAAUGCAAGCCAUUGGAGUUAUGAAGGAGAUGGAACUCCAAUAAUGUUGGCAUCAACUAAUUUUUGUCUAAAAGCCAAUGGAAAUGGGCUUCCCCCAUCAUUAUCAAGGGAUUGUUUUGGUGAACAAAGCGUUUGGACAGCCAUUUCAGAUUCUAAGCUUCAUUUGGCCACACUAACAAAGCAAGGCAAUAAUGGUAUGUGUUUAGAGAAAGAGAGCUCAAAUUCUAGUAGGAUUUUGAUGAGGAGUUGUGUUUGUGUUGGUAGUGAUUCAAAUUGUUUACAAGAUACGCAAGCUCAAUGGUUUCAACUUGUUGUUACAAAUACUUUGUAAAUUGUUCACAUGGGGACAUGAAAUGAUGAAAUAAGAAAGAGGGAUUAUUUAGUUUCAAUCAUUUGUUUCAUGGGGACCUUUUUAUGUCAAAGUCCCUUGUGUUGUAUAUGGAGCUUUUUGUCUUUUCUCUUCAAGUAUUUUACCGUCUACA